CUGCGAAUUUGGAACAUUUGUUGAAGAUGAGUUUUUCUUUAAAAUUGAGUGGUUGGACAAUUCGAUACGUGUUGUACACGCUUUUCAUUGUAAAUUAUUCUGGUUUUGUUAGCUCACAAGAUAGAAUCGUCGGUGGUAGGUUAGACUCAAUUAAGAAUGUUCCGUAUCUUGUAUCGAUUGGUAGUCCAAUGUUCGGGGGACACUUUUGCGGCGGAUCUAUUAUAUCAUCGACUUGGUUACUCUCUGCUGCACACUGUUUCGAAGGCAUCGGACCAGAGAGUAUUGUGAUACGAGCAGGAUCAGAUUCUAAAAGUGAAGGUGGAACAGUACGCGGUCUGAAACGCAUUAUAAUGCACCCGGAGUAUUCCAAUGUCACCAAAAACGAUGAUUUCGCUUUAUUGGAACUGUCAAGCGCAUUACCCACAGCAAGUGGAAUUACACCCAUCGAGCUAUCUAAAAGUGCGGAUCCUCAUCAUGCGGAAGAAGCCUGCAAAGUAUCUGGCUGGGGUGUAACGAAAGACCCCCGACAGUCACAUCAACCGCUAAAAACUGGUAUUGUGAGGUUGAAGAAUACCCAACGCUGCAAGGAAGUGUACCAUCCGGUGAAAAUUUAUGACGCCAUGGUGUGCGCUGCCUCAAAAGGUGUCGAUGCCUGUCAAGGAGAUUCAGGUGGCCCGUUGAAUUGUGGUGGGAAACUUUUCGCAGUUGUUUCCUGGGGUAAAGGAUGCGCAUCUAAGAAGUACUUUGGUGUUUAUGCAACUGUGACCUCGGUAAGAAGCUGGAUAUGGCAAAAUACAGGAGUUUGAAUGUUGAAUGAAUAACACAAUUA